UCCAUUUCUAAAAAUGAGAGUAAUUUUCAGCUGUAGGGAGAAUCGGUAAAAAUCCAGUCUUUUCCGUUGGGAAUAGCCAAAGCGGAGGGAAGGAUGCUGAUACUGUUCUCUUCCGCCGCCGCCGCCGCCGUGCCGGUGUUCACACCGUUUCCCAGGCUAUGCUCUCGAUACCCACUUCCCGUAUUCACCAAAUUUCUCGCCGCGGUUAACCGAUCUUCUUCAAUUAUUUGCACCGCCUCUAGGUCCGUCACUUUUGCCCUUUACUGCACUGAACCCUCCUCCACUGCGCCCUACGAACCCUCAGAAUCAAAGCAAAAGCCCUUAAAGCCAGGUUUAUAUCUGGUGGGAACACCUAUUGGGAAUCUUGAAGAUAUUACUCUGAGAGCUUUGAGAGUCUUAAAUUCUGCAAAUGUGAUACUUUCAGAAGACACUAGGCAUUCGGGGAAGUUGCUACAUCAUUACAAUAUUAAAACUCCUCUUCUCAGCUAUCACAAAUUCAAUGAGUCUACGAGGGAACAGGCAGUGUUAAAAAGACUGCAAGAGGGCCAAAUUGUGGCCUUGAUCAGUGAUGCUGGGACUCCGGGCAUCAGUGAUCCCGGUGCUGAAUUGGCAAAAUUAUGUGUGGACAAGAACAUACCUGUCAUUCCCAUCCCUGGUCCUUCGGCUCUCAUAACAGCGCUAUCUGCCUCUGGCUUACCUACUGAUGAGUUCACAUUUGUUGGAUUUCUCCCAAAGCAUGCUGGUUCUAGGAGAGAGAGGCUGACGGUUUCUGCAAAUGAGGCAGCAACUCAGAUUUUCUUCGUCCCACCUCACAAGCUUUGCCAGUUUCUUGAAGAGACUUCUUCGAUAUUUGGUGACUCUAGGCAGUGUGUCAUGGCGCGGGAAAUGACUAAAUUACACGAGGAGUUCUGGCAUGGCACUAUCGGCCAGGCCAUAGAAGCAUUCUCGGCUCGCCAACCUAAGGGGGAAAUCACCAUUUUGCUUGAAGGAAAGUUACGGAGUACAGAGGAGAUUCCAUCUGAGUCGCAACUGGAGAGUGAAUUGAGAGAGCUGAUCUCAAAAGGGCAUACACUUUCAAUGGCAGUCAAGUUGGUGGCAACAGGCAAGUCUCUGAAACGAAAAGCAAUAUAUUCUCUCGCACUUAGGAAAUUUGCGCGGCCAAUUGAGUCGGAUGAUGAUUGAUGUUCAUGAGACUUGGCACAGCUGCUGCAAACGUCUCCUCCCGUCCUACCAUCAUGACACUCGAGUUAAAAAGAGGGUAACGGGGAAAGAAAGAAAUAUUCUCGGCUGCCAUUGAUUAUGGAAGCCGAGAUUAGAUUACCUUCUUUAGCUGUUGAAGAGAAGAUGGUUCACUCUGCACAUUCCAAACAAAACAUUCAUUUUUGGUUCCACACAGCAUUCAAAACUCCAUGAGUGUGCAUGAUGACAAACUUCCAUGGAUGCAGAUUUGUUCCCUCCAUUGCUGGAGACGAAAAGGAAAAUUUUUUCCUCCCUCUGAUGUUUAGUUUUGUAGUUACUCUCAUCCAUGAAUCCAUCCUUGUUUAACUCUUUGAAGGCUUUCAUGUUUCCUUGAGUUUGUAUCUUUCUA